GACUUUUAUCAAACACUAAAUUUACAUUUAAAGUUAACACGUUGACAAUUUGUGAUAACCAGGAGUUUAGGGUUUAGCCUUUAGUGUUUACCCUGGUCGGAUUACACAUUUAUUAUCUGGUCCUAAAAUCUUAAAAAAUGUGAUUAAAAAUACAAAAAGCUACCCGUCGUCUGCUUUAAUAAAAACUUUCCUAUAGCUGGAUUUAAUUUCAAACGGUAAUCUGACAUCAGUCUAUUUAAUAAUUGUGCGAGAGAAAACAGGACGGACAAUUAAAAUUGCAACAUGGAUUUAAAAUUUGGAAUUCUCUUAAUUUGUGUGCACCUGUUCCUGCAACAUGCAGACGGUGUGCAUGGGAAGAACACGUACGAAACAACCACUCCGUUCUCUGGAAUGCACACGGGUGCACAGUUCACAGUCGGGCCAUUUCUUAAGGUGGUUCCCGUUCGUGUGAGAUCCAAUAAAGGGGAACCAUUGUUAGCAUUUUACAUGAUCAAUUCGUCGUUACAACCGAGAAUCGAAGUGUUAAUGGACAGUGAUAUAACGCUGUCGUAUGAUUUCUCAAUCAUCUGUAUUGACCGGAAUAUUUCUAUGCUGCUGAAAGUGAACGCUCACAUAGAAGAGAACCUUCAAGUAAAUGGCCAACAUUUAUUCCCAAUUUCUUGCAAAAAUGCCGCGAAAAAGAACUUGCGUGACGUUUACUCAACGCCUUCGCCGUUAUCCGGAAACACGACAAUACCUGACUGGACAAUUUACGUUGCCCAAGGACAAGUGAACGUAAAGUUACGAAGUGGAAUAAUAGGUCAUGGUAUCGUUGACUUUUCUUUACUUACAGUUAGCAAAAAUCCCGAUGACGUCAUCUCAUACAACGAAGUAGACGCAUUAGUUUCACGCAACGAAACAAAUGGAACAUUUCAGAUCAUUGACCCCAUGAAAUCGGGACAGACGUUGACGUAUAAAAUCAACGUUAUACGUAAAAUCCGCCCUGUAGAUAAAAUAUUCCGGGUGGCGAUUUAUGCUGUACAGAUUUUCACGGCGACUGGCUUUGGGUGUAAGUUAGACCUUGGCGUUGUUAAAGAGAACUUGUGGCGCCCCGUGGCACCCGGGAUCGGACUUGGGUGUCAAUAUCUACUGAUGCCAUUGAUAGCAUUUGGAAUAGCAAAGUCCAUACAAUUAGAUCUGGCGGCUGUAUCAUUGGGUAUUUUCAUAGCAGGAUGUUGUCCAGGGGGCGGUGCUAGCAACAUGUAUUCGUACCUCCUAAAAGGAGAUCUAUCACUGUCUAUUACAAUGACAGCUUUGAGUACGAUCCUCGCUUUAGGAGUUCUACCAUUUUGGAUCUAUACACUUGGGAGAGCAUUCACGGAAGCCGGAGAGUUGAGCAUUCCAUUCCAGAUGGUAGCAGUGUCUCUAUCAAUUCUUAUUACACCGCUAAUUGUUGGGCUGUUCUUACGUCAGAAGUUCCCAAAAGUUGCCGAUAAAAUCCAGAAAGCCUUGAAACCAGUGACUCUAGUAAUGAUCAUCGUGUUAUUGGCUGUUGGAAUAUACUCCAACAUGUAUAUUUUUCGUCUGUUCAAACCUCGGAUAAUUUUGGCGGGAUGUCUGCUGCCGUAUAUAGGUUACGUCAGCGGUGGUAUCGUAGCUGCAUUAUUUCGGCAACCAUGGAAACGAAUUAAAACUAUAAUCCUUGAAACUGGAAUGCAGAACACAAGCAUUGCGUAUAUUCUACUAAUAAAUUCCUUCCCAGCACCUGACGGCGAUAUCGCUGCUGUGGCACCCGUGGCUUCUGCUGUUAUGACGCCACUACCGCCUUUCACCAUUACAAUUUUCUACCUUUUGUAUCAGAAAUUCUGCAAUAAAAACGCGGGAGAUGAUGAGGAUGAAGAAAAGGCGGACAAAAAUGGCGAUGCAUGUGUAGAGGAUGGCGCAGACGUGAAACUUACACCGGAAACGCCUCCUGAUGCAGACCAGAAGUUAAUGGCCAGUGAGAAAGCUGCGCUAACUGCAGUGUAGAUUGAUACAUGUAUAAAAGCCAGUAAUUUGAUGCCAUAUGUGUUCUAAUUGAAGUUAAAAGUAAUCAACAGUCCUCUGAUCCGCUGCAAAUAUUCUUUAGGAAUUCUUAUAGAUCUAGAGCUUCAUUUAUAUUUUUUUUUGUAAAAUUGUGAGGUAAUUUCGGUGAAUUAAAAAAUUAUAUGCAGGAACAUGCUCCAGUAGACUAGAGGACACCAGAGCUUUAAUAAUGUCGCUGAAACGAGGACACGGGCUAAGUAAUGAAUGACAAUGGUUUUAUUAAUUUAAAAAAAAACACAUUUUGAUAUCACAUAUAAACGACAACUUAAAUUGGGGUACAGACAACUUAAAUUGGGGUACAGACGUGGAAGGGAAAAUGAUUAAUGCGUUCAGACACAGUAGUUGACAAAUGAUGACUUAUGAUAUCCCCAAGUUGUUGGUACUUCCGUGAGCCUAAUUAACCCGCUUAAUUGAUGUAAGACAAUAUAUUGAACUGUCAUAGACCCCAUAUCUUGUAAUUUAAUAUUUAUGUAGACUAUAUAUGAGAUAGCAUCUUGUAUUUCUAUUUCUGGCUUAAUUACUCACGAAAUAUCAGGCAGUAUUGAUUACUUGUAAGAACUAUUGUUUACAUUAAGAAACAUUUAAUGAAUUGUUAUUAUUUCAAGAUGAAAGGUGAUGCAAAAUGUUGGUUUUUAUAAAAUGGGAUUAUUUUUUAAAUUAAGUCCCCAUAAACAAGAUAAAUGCUUGUUUCUUUUUUCUCUCUUUCUUUAACACAAAAAAUAACAGAUAUAUAUAUAUAUACCUCUUUUAUCUUUAUUACCUCAAAGUUUUUGUUGUUCUAAAAAACACACAAAAAACUCUAUUUACAACUCAUUUGUUUUUAAUUACUUAUAUAUAUGUAUUCUUUCAUUAAACUAAAAAUAGUAAGUUAAUUUGCCCUCUACAUCAUGUACAGUGUAAACUCUGCAGAGCAAGAACCUCUUUAUAACAAUUUUUCCUAAACUAAGACUUCGUAAUACAAUUAACCUUUCUAGAACAACACCUCUAACCAGUAACCACAGUCAUUGUCCAAAGGGUGUUGCUCUGCGGAGGUUGUACUGAAACAUGGCUCCCUUUUUGAUAAGUUUAAAGUGUAAAUUUUUUUGUGAAUAAAUUUUGAAUUGUAAUAAUUUUUAUAUCGUUUAUGUUAAUUAUUUUUCUAUAUUUUUACCAUGAAGAUAUCUAUCUAUGAUAUCAAUAUUAUCACAUACCCAUGCAGAUUUUGCGACUCCAAAAAUAUGGUAUUGCACGGCCACGCAUAUAUUUUGAUGUGACAUCAUUUAAGUUAUUUAAACAUAUUGUAAAGACGCACUAAAUGUUAGUGCUACACUAGGCGCUUCAAUGAAAAUGAUUCUUUUUUCAAUUUAAAUCUUUUUUAUUUGGGUAUGUGAUAAUUAGAAUAUUAUAUUCACGUAGGUUCAUUACUGAAUUUAUUGAACUCGUUGAAUAAAAUAUUUUACUCGCCAGAGAUUAUGAUUUUAUUCAACUCGUUCAAUAAAUUUGGCCUACACUCAUUCAAUAUAUCUAUAAAAUCUAUUUAUGAUAUUAAAUACUGCAUAUGUUUAAUGCUGUUUAUUUUCAUAUUUACAAUUAAGUUUUAAUUAACAGUUGUGUGUAUUCUAUAUAAAUUUUAUAACUGAUAUUAAAUAUACAUAAAAGUGAUCACGUUGUCUUUUUAUUUUCAGUUUUAUUUGUAUGUAAAACUUUUACCAGAUAAAAGGUCAUAACUCAUUCAAAAUCUAAGCUAGAAUUCUGGAUCUUGAAUGAUGAUCAUAAAUGAAGUUGCACAAUUCUAAGCUCUUUGUAUGAACAUAAAUUCAAUUAAACCAGUCUCAUGUCCAUACCACAUGCCAUGUUAACCCACGACUG